ACCGGCUGUACUUCGCUACUUUACGGAACAAGCCGAAGAGCACUGCCAACACCCAUUACUUCUGCACCGACGAGGAGCUGGUGUACGAGAAUUUCUACGGAGACUUUGGCCCUUUAAAUUUGGCAAUGUUAUACAGAUACUGCUGUAAACUGAACAAGAAAUUAAAGUAUUUCAGUCUAUCAAGAAAGAAGAUAGUGUACUAUACCGGUUUUGACCAGCAGAAACGAGCAAAUGCGGCAUUUUUAAUAGGUGCCUACGCUGUAAUAUACUUGAAGAAAACACCAGAAGAAGCUUACAGAACACUUUUGUCUGGAUCUAAUCCACCUUAUCUUCCAUUUAG